AUGAUCUCUCUCAUGCUGCUGGCUGCGCUGCUGUGGGGCGUGACGAACCCGCUGCUGAAGCACUACAGCCGAGGGAUGGCGAGCAGCGGGUCCGCGAAGGAUGACGCGCUGUUUCUUGUGCGACGGCCGAAGUACCUGGUUGCACAGGCUGUGAACCUAAGUGGCUCCGUCGUGUUUUUUCACUCGCUGCGCGAGGUGGACGUGUCGGUUGGCUCGAUUGUGGUGAACUCGCUUGCAUUCGUUAUCACUGUUCUGAUGAGUGUGUUGGUUCUGCGCGAGGGUCUGUUGCGCGCGCGGACCACUGCGGGGUGCCUUCUGGUGAUGGUGGGGACUGCGCUGUGUACCUACUCGUCCAGCGCGAGCUGA